GCGGCCGCCCCUCCUCGGCCGGCCCGCAGCAGAGCGGCGGCGGCGGCGGCUUCCGGGGGAGCCCUCUUGCCUUCAACAAAGAUGGUGCUCUCCGCGCAAGCUCCGCGGGCGCCGGCGCGCCCUGGGUAGCUUCCCGCUCCCCUCGUGCUUGCUGUGAGUAGCCGGUAUUCAUUCAUGGGUUAUGCAGGUUGCCAGAUGGAUGCCAGAGACAAGCAGCUUUUACGCUCCCUGCGCCUGGAGCUCUGCACAGAGGUGCUGGUGGAUGGACUCGUUAUUCAGUAUCUCUACCAAGAAGGGAUUCUCACAGACAGUCAUGUUCAAGAAAUAAAAGCCCAAACCACUAGUCAGAGGAAAACCAUGAUGCUCCUCGAUAUUCUUCCCACCAGAGGACCCAAAGCUUUUGAUGCAUUCUUGGACUCCUUACAGGAAUUCCCGUGGGUUAAGGACAAGCUGAUCCUGAAGCGUAAGGAAAUGACAAUACAAGAUCCUUCAGACUUAACUGAAGUUGCACCAUGCAUUUUGAAGAUGUCACCAACAGAUCAGCAGUUGAACAAGCUGGCGAGGAAACUGGGACCUGAAUGGGAGCAUGUAGUUCUGUGCUUGGGUUUGUCCCAUACUGACAUCUAUCGAUGUAAAGUCAAUCACCCUCACAACCUGCAGUCACAGAUCGUAGCUGCAUUUGUCCUGUGGAAACAGCGUUUGGGGAAAAAAGCAACAAUCCAAAGUCUUCAUGCCAGUCUGAAGGCAGAGGAAGUGGAUCCUUCGGUGAUACAGUAUAUGCUUGAAUGAAACCAUGCUAUUUAUUCAGAGCUUCCACGUAUUUCAUUAAAUCAAGUAAAGAGGAUGGAAAUGUAUGUUGAAGAUCGGAUGCCUCAAACUGUAAAAAAAAGUGGGGUUGGGAACUGUGAUUUUAUUAAGCUUAAACAUUCCAGUUUUCUGUGGCAUCUUGUGACUUGUAAUUCUUUUCAUGCCAGAUUAAUUUUU